ACUAAAGAGAACGGUAGUUUCUUUUGACACGUAAUGUGAUCCGAUACUUUUGACACGUUGUGUGAUCCGAUACUUUUGGUGUCGACUGUAUCUGUACUUUCAAGAUAAAUGAAAUACGUCAACAAAAUCUACCUCAAUCAAUCUCACGUUAUUAGUAGGUAUAAACCGUCGAGCAGCACCGGCUUCCAACACCUCAGUGUUGCUCGAAGGUAUAAACCCAUUUAAUGACAUAACACAUAACGAAUAGACACGACUUUCAGUUUUUAUUAUAACAUGCAUAGAAAACAAUCAGUAACAUUAUUGCUUUGAGUGUGACAAGCGUGUGAAACAGACAAUGAACAGUUUCUGGAAUAUAUUACUAAGUGUAUUAUGUCUCCACACCCAAGUAUUCUCUCAAUCCCUCUUCAACGCAGCUUCUGGCCUGCUCCGAGACGCCAACGAACUGUACAAUGGGGAACCAGCUGAUGCCGAGGUUCUAUUCUCAGAGUAUGACUUCGUGAUAGUUGGGGCCGGGACGGCUGGAUGUCUGCUCAGUAAUCGGCUUACGGAGGUUGGACAAUUCAAGGUCUUGCUUAUAGAAGCUGGUAACAGCGAACAGCUCUACAUGGACAUCCCUCUGAUAGCCACCGUGCUGCAGUUCACUGAUGCCAACUGGGACUACAGGCCCCAACCACAGAAAGCCGGUUGCCUAGGCAUGCGCGAAGGUCGCUGCUCUUGGCCACGAGGGCGAGUGGUCGGUGGUUCUUCCGUGCUGCACUCCAUGAUGCAUACCAGAGGCAACCGACAAGAUUACGACCGCUGGGCAGCUUUAGGAAACCCAGGAUGGGACUACGCAUCGGUGUUGAAAUAUUUCAAGCGAUUCGAAAACAUCCAAGUGCCAGAAUUGAGGAAAGAUACCGUUUACCAUUCUACCAAGGGAGAGAUGCAUCUUCAAAACCCCAACUGGAGAACACCACUCUCUGAUGCAUUUCUCCAAGCAGGAGUUGAAACUGGAGGGAAGAUUGUAGAUUAUAACGGCGAGAAGCAAAUAGGGUAUUCCAUCAUACAGUUCACAAUGCAAAAUGGAACACGCAUGAGUGCAAGUCGGGCUUUUCUCCACCCCUUAAAAUAUAGACACAAUUUCUACAUCGUUAAAAACGCAAUGGUUACACGUGUUCUUAUAGAUCCUCAGACUGGAAGGGCAUAUGGUGUCAAAUUCCAUAAAGGUGGACAGCAGUAUACAGUAACGGCAACUAGAGAGGUGAUCCUAUCCGCUGGUGCCAUCAAUACCCCACAAUUAUUAAUGCUAAGCGGAAUUGGACCGAAGGAUCAUUUGACUGAAAUGAACAUCAAUACAGUCGUCGAUUUACCCGUCGGCUACAACCUUCAAGACCAUUGGGCUUUAGGAGGCUUGACUUUUCUUAUCAACACAACAGCUUCCAUAAGAUUCGAAAGGAUUGCCACUAUCAAUAAUAUUAUGGAAUAUUUCACGGAUCAUAGCGGGCCUUUAUCAGCACCAACUGGUACUGAAGCACUAGCUUUCAUGGACACUAAAAACCCUGACGAUCCUAACGGAUAUCCUGACUUAGAACUGCUUUUCGUAGCAGGAUCUAUAGUUAGUCGAACGACAUAUAAAACCGCUUUCAACAUCGACGACCACUUAUACGACACAGUCUACGGACCAAUAAAAGAUCGUGAUACCUGGAUGGUUUUUCCGAUAAUUCUCCUCCCCGAAUCCAAAGGACGUAUAAAGUUACAAAACAAAAACCCUUACACAAAGCCAUUAAUCUACGCCAAUUAUUUCACAGACAACGGUCACGAUCAAAAGAUCAUUCUACAUGGUAUAAGAAAAGUCAUAGAGUUAUCACAAUCUCGCGCUUUCCAAAGAUAUGGUAGCAAACUUCACGAUAUACCAUUUCCAAAUUGCGCGCGUCAUGGGUUCAACUCUGAUGAGUAUUGGUUCUGCGCUAUGAAAACAAUAACUGUCACUAUUCACCACCACUGUGGAACAGCUAAAAUGGGGCCUAGACAUGACCCAGGAGCAGUGGUAGACCCAAAACUAAGGAUAUAUGGUAUAAAAGGACUGAGAGUGGUGGAUGCUAGUGUUAUGCCAUUUGUGCCGGCAGCGCAUAUUAAUGCACCGACGAUGAUGAUCGCGGAAAAGGCCGCUGAUAUGAUUAAGGAAGACUGGGGGAUUCGAUUUAAGUGAAAGCUAAGCUCACUGCUAGUUGAAUUUGAAAUCUGUGGUGAAGGGAUUAUGAUUGAAUUUCUUGUGUUUUGAAAUCGAAUGUAACAAAAGAAAUGCAAGUCUCUUCCAAUUUCAAAUAGUUAAAAGUAUAUGUAUAGGCCUAUCAAAUAAGACUUUUUUGAAGAAUCAAUUCCCAGCAAGCUAGAAAUAUAACC